CGCGACCUUUUCGAAUUCAGCUGAUACUACGCCAUCUAUCAGGGCACGUGUUUUGUAAUCUUCUUAUCUAGACUACAUUAGACAUGGCGACAAAAAAUGUCAUUCUUUUAUCUAUAUGCGAUAAGGAGCACGAAAAAGCACUUAUUGUUUUCUUGUGGGGAUGUCUAUCGUAUGAUAAUCUUCACCAACUAGUUCGAAAACAUUUGAAAUUAACUUCACAGCGUUUCGAUCUGGAAUAUUUAGAAAACAGCGAUCCUUGCUGCACCCUGCCAAAGUUCGGAAAUUUAGAAAGCAUUUUCGAUGUUGCACAAUAUUCUGAAGUGAAGAGUACUUCAUCUUUGCCUCAUCCUGUAGUGACCUCACUAUCAGACGAACGCCUAGAAACUGUCCCAUCUCGAAACCGUCUCGAAGUGAGGGUUUCUCGCAAUCCUGAUGAUGAUGAUGAUGAUGAACUCCAACAACAACAUCAACUUAACCAUGCAUCAAAUAGCGAAGAUGAUGAUAGUUCAGUUAUUGGUCUAAGUUGUAUAGAGCAAAGAGAAUCAGAAUUUUGUCCAGCUCAAGAAGAAUCGCCUAAUACAUGUACUGCAAUUGUGCUAGCAGACUCUUUACCGUACAAUGGAUGUAGUUCAUUGAAUACAUCUUUAAAAAAUGAAAAUAUCUACCGUCAUUCACCAAGUGGUACACAGAGUUUUGUUGGACUUGUUAAUUCUGGAAUGACAUGUUAUAUGAAUAGUCUUUUGCAAACAUUAUUCAUGACACCGGAAUUUCGCAAUGCUCUAUAUCAUUGGCGUUUUGAAGGCACUGCAACAGAGGCUGUUACAAGUAUACCAUAUCAAUUGCAACGUUUAUUUGUUCAAUUACAGACCACAGAAAGUACAGCGAUUAGUACAAAUGGUGUAACUACUUCAUUUGGUUGGGGUUCAUGUGAUAUAGCUGAACAACAAGAUAUUCAUGAAUUAUGUCGAAUAUUAUUUGAUGCUUUAGAAAAGAAAUUAGGUUGUUCAAAAUUACUCGGUGAAAAUCAAACACCCAUUGAUAAUAAUUCUAUUAAUACUACUACUACUACUAAUAAUAAUAAUAAUGAUGAUUUUGACAGAGAUUCAAACAUCAACACUACCAUUAAUACAAAUAGUAAUAAUAAUAAUCAUACUGAUAAUAUUUCCGAUGAUAAUGAUGUUGAUGUUGGUGUUGAUGAUCAAAAACAGACCAAUAAACAUUCAAAUAAUCCAGUAUCCACAUUCAAUUUAAUUAAUCGUUUAUAUCAAGGUGAACGUUCGGAUUAUGUACGUUGUUUGCAUUGUAAUCGUGUUAGUUGGCGAUCGGAUACAUUUUUAGAUAUUCAAGUACCAUUGAGAUCAUUCGAGCUGAAUGCUAAACCAUAUGAAAGUUUAGAAGCUGCUUUUCGAUCAUUGAUUAAACCGGAACGCUUAGAUGGCACUAAUCAAUACUGGUGUUCUUAUUGUGAAUGUAAACGUGAUGCUGAACGAGGUUGUGCAUUUCAUAAAAUGCCAUAUUUACUCACUUUACAAUUAAUGCGUUUCACAUUUGAUCCGAUCACAUUGAAUCGAAUUAAAUUAAAUGAUAAAUUCACUUUUCCAUUGGAUCGUUUCGAUUUAUCGGAGUUUGUUACACCAAAUAAAAGUUUUGAUUUAUUAUUGGAAGCUAAGAAAUCAGAAGAGAUGAUUGAUGAAAAUGAUCAUAACAAUUCCGAUGAAUAUGAACCAAUGUUUUCAUCUUGUUGUAGUGGUAAUCCAGUGAAAAUUAAUAAUAAUAAUAAUAAUAAUAAUAAUAUUCAAAAUAAUGUUGAAAAUAAUUUUCUCAUAAAUAAUAACAGUGAUCAGAUUAUUUCGUCAGAUAAUUAUUGUUCUGAAAGUAUGGAAACUGAGGCGACUGAUAGUGGGGUGAAUAGUAAUACUGAUAGUCCAUUCGAUGGUGUAUCAUCUGGCAGUCCUACAGUUGGUUCACCAAAUAUUGAAGAAGAAGACGUAGAAGACGUAGAAGACGUAGAAGAGGAAGAAAUGGAUGAAUUGUCCGAUUUUAGUGGUGGUUUUGAUGCAACACAUACUGUGACAAAUAAUUCUGUUCUAAUGAAAGUUGCAUUUAAUAUACAAGAAAAUUUACAUAACACUACUACUAGUACUACUACUACUACUUCUACUACUACAACUAAUACUAUCAAUACUACUAAUACUAAUAUUAGUAGUAGUGAAAUAGAUGAUGGUAUCUCAUCAGAAUGUACAUGUUCAUCAAUUUCUAGUUUAUCUACUACUAAUGAUCAUGCUAAACAAUUGUCUAAUGAUGAAAAUCAACAAAUUCAUGGUAUAAUUCAUCAACAUUCUAAUAAACGGAAUAAUAUGCCGAUGACUAGUAGUAAUGAGAAUGAAUUGGUGAAUUCUAUGCCGCAAGAACAACAACAACAACAACAACCUGUUCAUUCAUCCAAAUCAUUAGUUUAUGAAUUAUUCUCAAUUAUGGUACAUUCAGGUUCAAUUAAUGGAGGACAUUAUUAUGCAUUUUUAAAAUCUUUCACAGAUGGUCAAUGGUAUAAAUUCAAUGAUCAACUUGUUGUUCCUACAACGGAAGAAGCAUUACAAGCUACAUUUGGUACAAAUGAAUCAACUUAUCUUAGUCAUUCAAAUGCUUAUUUUUUAAUGUAUCGACAAAUUGAUCCAAAAUUGAAUGAAUCAUUCAUCAAAUCAGAAGAUUUCCCGGAACAUAUUAAAAAAUUGAUUCAAGAACUACGCGAUGAAGAGAAAGGUAUUGCUGAAGAAAAAGAAAGAGAAUUAAUGGCUUGCAAGUUUGAAGCUUAUACACGAUGUCCAAUUCAACAAGAAAUUAUUCAUACUGAUGUAACACUUUAUAAAAAUCAAAAAUUAUCUGAAGCUACAAAUAUUAUUCGUAAUAUAAUUUUGCCUAAAUUUAUUGAUUGGCCAAUUACAGCAUUUCGUAUUAUUCAAUAUAAUCAAUCUAGUGAAACAUUUGGUAAAUCAGCUGAAUAUGUGCUCAAUAAACGUUCACAAUUAAGUUCAUUAAAUGUUUCAGGAGGUGAUAAUGAGGAGCUCUUAGAUACAACCGCAUCAAUUGCUUCCAAUGAAGUGACUGUUGGUGAAUUUUCUGAUGGUAAACGUUUUUAUCCAUUUGGUCUGUGGUUAGAGCAUCGAUUAUGUGUACCGGGAUCAAUUCGAAGUUUUAUUGCUUCGAAUGCUUCUUCCUCAUCAUCAUCAACAUCAUCCUGUUCCCAUCAUUGGCCUGUCUAUCAACCGUAUGGUAUAACUUUCAAAGUGAGCCGUAUCGAUUCAACCGACAAUAUUAUUUAUCCACCGGAGAAAAUAUGGUUAUCGUCUACUGAAACUGUCUGGGAUUUACUAUCAGCCAUUUGGGAACGGUAUAGCGGACAAAUUUUAAAUCAGCAUGACAUUGAAACUGGAUAUGCCAAUGGUUUACAACUUAUCUUAGAUCAAUCUUCUUGUCUUUUGAACUCAGAACAGCAGUCAUCGUCAACAUCAACAUCACCAUCAUCAUUACCCGUGUGUGCUUUACCUAGAUGGGCUUUCCUUUUAUAUACAAAAGAUUAUUCACAUUUUGUAAAUAUGAAUCUUGACAAAAUUAUCAAUUUCUCCUGUCCAUUCUAUGGCCCUUAUAAUCAUCAUACUACAAGACCUACCACUACUACUACUACACACAUAUCCAAUAAUAAUGUAUCAGUGAAUGUUUAUAUUGAUUUAGGCAAUACAUAUGAUCAAUGCUGUGAUGAAUUUAACCAUGUUAACAAUACUCAUUUGAAUUGUUUGAAUUUAUUGAAUAAUGUUUCACAGUCAAACAAUUCGAUUGAACACUCAUCAUCUCAUAAUGGAUUAAUGAAUGUUGGAGCUAAACGUGGCCGAUGGUUAUCGUCGACCAGUCCUGGUGUCUGUGAUAAUAAUAAUCAUAAUACAAUUUUAUCUAAAACUGAUUUUAAAUAUCGAUUGCGUAGAAUGUGUUCACUUGUUGAAAAACGUAUGUAUCAUAUGAUAUUUCCGGUGAUUAUACCUAGUGAAUUAGAAAUUGCAUCAUUACUAUUUCAACGAGAUUUUCUAAUGAAUGAUCGAUUCUCUACUACUUCUACUAAUACUAAUAAUAAUAAUUCAAAGUUAAUCGAGUCAACUAAAACAAAUUCUCAGAGUUUAUUCAAUAUUUCCAUGUCCAAUAAUCAAAUUGACAAUUCCGCGCAUUUUAAAACUUCACUUAAAACAUCUGAAUCAUUAGUGUUACAUAACGAUAUUCUCACAUCAUUAUCAUCUGCUUCAUCAGUGAAUCAACUAGACAGUGAUGUGAAUAGUAGUAGUAUGAGUAUGGCGAAUUCACAUUGUUCAAUGAAUGCUCAAUAUGGUAGUAUGUCUAUUGGUGGCAAGUCUAUUUCAUCAUUACCGAAUAAAUUUUCUUCCGAGCACCUGGAUAUUCUCAGACGUAGUAGUUCACAGCCAACAUUACAUGCAUUCUGUGCACAAUCAUUUGAAUCGUCUUUAUUACACUCACCGAAAUGUAACACCAAUAAUAAUAAUCAUACAAAAUCUGAUCGACAAUCUAUGGAUGUGGACAGUGCAUCGGAACAUGAUUCUUCGUCAUUAUGUCCAAUCGAGUCGAAAGAUAUGACAUUGGCAAAUGAUGAUGAGUAUUGGGAUGAUUUCGAGUUGAAUUCUCGUCGAAGAUUUUGUCGUUUUGAAAUGUAUGAAAAUGAUACUGAUACAAACACUAGUUGUUCAAAAUUAUCUUUACUACAACGUAAACUUCGCAUGCAUGUUGAUAUACGUUUAACUGUGGAAGAACUGAAAAUGCGAUUCAGUGAAUAUUUAAAAUUAGAUGCUCAAUUUUUAAAUAUUGAAGUUGAUCCAUAUGGUGGAUUAUUCUCUAAAGAUUUAACUACUUUAAAUUCAAAUGAUACUGUAAGUUUUUUUCUACUACGUUUACGUAAAUGUGGCUUGCCAGAAUUAAUACCUGGACCAAUAUUUAAUCAAACUGAUGUGUUGACAUUAUUCACUAAUCCACAUCAAGGUUUAAUGUUACAAUUGACCAGUACUCAAUCAACACAUAAUAUCUCAAAAUUAUUAAAUACUACUCAUAAUACUACUAAUAAUAAUAAUGAUAGUAAUGAUCAUAAUUCUUCACAUUUUACAACCAAUCAUAAAUCACGUACAUGUUCAAUAUUUCUACGUCAAUGGCAUCCAUCCAAUUAUACAUUUGAUCAAUGGCAUGAAUUAGUCAUUAGUUAUUAUCCAAUUAAACAAUCCUAUCAAGAUAUUUUACUGGAAUGGCUUACACAGUAUACUGGUUUACAUGUGGAACAAAUAGAAGUGGCUGAGGUUAAUUUCCCCGGCAUAGUUCAUGCAUUCAAUGUAAGUUCAUCAAAUUGUUCACUGGAAUGGAUCAAAUUUUCUCAGCAUUCCAAUAUACUAUCGUCUGUUACAAAUGGAAAAGUUAUAUUUUUCAGGGAUGCUAAAGAAGAGUCAAAAGUCUUGGACUCCAAAGAAAUUAUUGAUUUACAUCAAAAAGAAAUUUUACGCCUAGAAUCUUUAACAUCACCAUGGCGUAUGCGAUCUCUACCGAUUCCUUCAUCAGUUUGGGAUGAUCAUUAUGCUAAUUGGUCUGGUAAUUCAACAUCGUUAUCAUGUAAAUUAGAUUCAUCGACUAAUAUUACUAAUACUACUAAUAGUAGUAAUAGUAGUAGAGAUAUGUUUACCAAUCAUCCCGGUUCAUCUAUUGCCACCUGUUCACUUCGUUAUCCUGAACCUAGUUCAUCCUAUUCAUUUACAUGUAGAACUACUCGUGAACAACCAUUACGUAUCUACACUGCCGAAGAUGUAUCACCAUCAUCAUCGUCUAGGGUUGUAACUCAUUCGGCGACACGAGAAAAACAUCCAUCAACUGAACCGUCAUCGCCGAAAUUCACACGAACUCGAGAUUCUAGAACUCCAUAAACAAUAGAGAGAAAAAAAAAGAGAAUUAUUAAGACGUGCACACACACACACACACACAAAGGAGUUGCUGCUUCGUUUUUUUAUUCAAUAUUCUAAUUUUUCAUACACAUAUAUAUAUCAUUCAUUAUUCCUCAUGUUUUUUUUUUGCUACGUUAUUUAAUUGUUUGUCACAAAUCAGCUGAAAAUAAAAAUUUAUCUCAAUCUGG